GCUGCUUUCCUAUUGUUUCAAAUCCGUCCCUUGAGGGAACUAGUGACGCCACCUUCAUCUUCGCGCGCAUUUUAAAAGCCCGCGCCCGCGUGCGCUCUCGUGCACAUGUCAGCCAUGGCUCUGUUGACUGUCUUGUAGAUUUACCGAUACUCUCGUCCCUCAUGAAUAUCUCUCAAAGCGGCGCGGUCCUCGGCACGGUGCUGCCUCUCACUAGUUUCGAGAACGUCCUUUUGUUUCUUUUCAGUGUAACUCUCGCCACCGCCAUCAUUUUCUUAAACGUCUCGGUGUUCAUCGCCAUCGUGAUGAACCGAUCCCUGCGGAACGAGAACCGCUUCAUGUACAUGCUCAGCACGUGCCUCAGCGACGUCUGCACGGGCGUCUCGUAUUAUUACGCGGGAGUUAUGGACGUGCGCGAUUUUUACGAAUCCCCGACUCGCACUUACUACAUCGUGCCCACUUUUCUGGGUCUGUCCUAUAUGGCGAUUCUCGCCGCGCAGGCGGACCGCUACCACGCGGUUUCCGCGCCUUUCAGAUACUCGCAGCGCAUGACGCGCAACAGAACUCUCCUGGUGAUUCUGGGAUACUGGGUUUAUGCUUUUCUGAUAGUGGCUGUUAACAAUUUGGUGACUUUAGGGGUUGCUAAAAGAGUGACGAGUUUUGGCACGUUUGUUGCGAACAUUUUCACCGUCAUCAUCAUGAUUGGCUUAAAUAUCAGGCUGUUCUUCGUCGCCAAAUUUCAGCUAGACCGCGAGGCCCCGAGCGCGGAGCGCGAGAGCAAGCGCGCGUCCAUUUAUCUCAUCAUAAUAGUGGCCGUGUGUUUUCUGAUCGCCUGGCUGCCCAUUUUUCUUCAUAUUAUCGUUUGUAAUUUCGCGGGGUCUACGUGCUAUACUUUCAGAAACGAGGGUUCAGACCCUCUGCGCAUUCUGCCACGGGUGAAUGCGGUUCUGACCCCUUUAUUGUACAUCAGGGGCUGUUCGGCACUGAGGAGCACACUACUAAGUAAAGUCUGGACACCCGCGUGCUGCAAGAGAAAAGGUGUGAACCCUUUGUCCAUGGAGAGGAAUGGAGCGUUCAUCUUCAAGAUGUGA